UAAAAGAGCUCGAGCUGUCGAGAAAGCUUCGCAACCGUUGCGACCUCGUGUCGCGUUCGUGCCCCCAACGACGAGAUUUCCACGCCCAUUCUAUGAACCCUAGGUCCGCCCUCCCCCCGCCGUGUCCUGCCUGGCCUGCAUCGAAUCCAGCAUCGCCGGUAGCCGGCGAUUUCUAGGAUUCCCCCAGCUCGACUUCCUCGGCCACGAUCUGAAGCCUUGGCGUCCCGCAGCGACUGGAUCUGGCCGCCGUGGAUGGAUUCUAGUCGUAUUCCGUAAUGUGUCGCCUGGACAUCGUGGGGCGUAGAGGGAGCUGAAGUCGGUGUUCUGAAAACGGGCAUCCUUUGCUGGAUUUGCUCACGUCGGGAAAGGGUCGAUCUUGAUUGGUAGAGGUGGUCAAUCCUCGUCCAGGAGAGUUCCUAUUUGAAAAUGGACUUGCCUGAUAUCAGCGAGGAAUUGGCCCUUACAGAAGGGCAGAUCAACGAUAUAUUUCGGGCUUUAUCAAGUGGAUUUCAAAAACUGGAUAAGAUCAAGGAUGCCAACAGACGAAGUAGACAGUUAGAGGAACUGACUGACAAGAUGAGGGAAUGCAAGAGACUUAUCAAGGAGUUUGAAAGGGUCGCGAAGGAAGAGGAGACUAGGAAUCCACAGGAUAAAAAUAGGAUGUUGAAUGAGAGAAAACAAUCAAUGAUUAAAGAACUGAACUCAUAUGUUGCUCUGAAAAAGCAGCAUGCAAGUGAAAAUAAAAGGAUUGAUCUCUUUGAUGGACCUGGUGGUGAUGGGUUUGGGGAAGAAAAUGUUCAAUUGGCAUCAUCGAUGACAAAUCAACAGUUGAUGGAUCAUGGAAACCAUAUGAUGGAUGAAACGGAUCAGACUAUUGACAGGGCAAAGAAGGUUGUCGAAGAGACCAUCAAUGUUGGAGCAGAAACUGCAGCUUCUCUCAAGGCACAGACCGAACAAAUGAGUAGAAUCGUAAAUGAACUUGAUUCAAUCCAGUUUUCCAUCAAGAAAGCAUCUAAACUGGUGAAGGAAAUUGGAAGACAGGUGGCGACUGAUCGGUGCAUAAUGGCGAUGCUCUUCCUUAUAGUGAUGGGAGUUAUAGCAAUUAUAAUUGUAAAGCUUGUGCAUCCAAAUAACAAAGACAUAGUGGACAUUCCUGGACUUGCUCCUCCAGCUGCAAGGAAACUUCUGUAAUAUCUAUAUCACUAUUGGAUUUCAUAUUCUUCCUCAUGCACGGUAGUUUUAUUUGCCAUCUAUUAUUGAAUACUUUCUCUAUUUUAUGUGUUCUUUUCUUUUGUUUUUUCAUCACUUUUUAUGGUCAGAACAACAUUUUGUUUUAUAAAGAUGUAUAUGGUCUGCCUUGCUUAAAUUUCACGGUUUAUUUAUAUA